AGUAUACUAUUCCCCUUGUUUUCUGAUAUAUUCCCUUAUUCUCAAGCUGUAAUUGCUUAGGUAGGGACAAAUAUCUCAGCCUAAUAAUAUGCAGCUCGGAGACGUAACAGUGUUGGAGAACACCUCCGGGGAAGCCGUGGCGGCGGCGACGACAGCCCUUGAGGGUUCUAACGGUGGCGAGGUGAUUGCUUUGGAUGCAAAUUCUGGUGAAGAGAAAGGAAGGGAAGGUGGUGGAGAUGAAGGUGAUAAGAUCAGCUGCGGAGGAAACCGGUGGCCACGCCAAGAAACCUUGGCUCUCUUGAAGAUAAGGUCGGAUAUGGAAGCUGUGUUUCGAGAUUCAAGUCUCAAGGGUCCACUCUGGGAAGAAGUUUCAAGGAAACUAGCAGAGUUGGGUUAUCACAGAAGCGCAAAGAAGUGCAAGGAGAAAUUUGAGAAUGUGUACAAGUACCACAAAAGAACCAAAGAGAGCAGGAGUGGAAAAUCAGAAGGAAGAACCUAUAGGUUUUUUGAUCAAUUACAAGCCCUUGAGAACCGAUUCACAGUGUCUUACCCGUCAAAACCACAACCUACUUUGGCAACAAACACUGUGGCAUUGCCAACAACAAUCUCUUAUGUCACCACUGUUCCAUCCACAAACCCUACAGUCAUUUCUCCUUCACCACCACCACCAGCAGCACCACCAACCAAUCCUACCACCCCAACUUCCACAACAACAGUAACAACCAACCCUAGAAACCCAUCAUCACAAGGCAAUAACAACAACAAUGUACCAUAUUCUUUGCCCAACAUGAACCUUUUCUCAACCACCUCCACCUCUUCUUCCACUGCUUCCGAUGAAGACUUGGAAGAGAAGUACAGGAAGAAGAGAAAAUGGAAGGACUACUUCAGGAGGCUCACAAGACAAGUCUUGGCCAAACAAGAGGAAAUGCAGAAGAGGUUCUUGGAAGCCAUAGACAAACGAGAGAGAGAACAAGUUGCACAACAAGACGCUUGGAGGAUUCAAGAAAUGGCAAGAAUCAACAGAGAACAUGAGCUCCUUGUUCAAGAACGAUCAACAGCAGCAGCAAAAAAUGCAGCAGUUAUUGCUUUUUUGCAGAAGUUGUCAUCAGGUCAGCAAAAUCCCACAACACAAGCUGUAGCAACAAGUGGCAGUUUCCUCCAACAACCACCGCCACAACAACCACAGUUAUCACAACAACUACAACCACAACAGCAAGUUCAGCAGCAUCCUCCACUUAACAACCAAAUUGAAAUCCAUAAAAUGAACAAUGGUCACAAUUCUUCUCCAUUGAGCUCUUCUAGGUGGCCAAAAACAGAAGUUCAUGCUCUGAUAAGGUUGAGAACAAGUCUUGAACCCAAUUAUCAGGAAAAUGGACCAAAAGCUCCUCUUUGGGAAGAUAUAUCAACUGGGAUGCAGAGGCUCGGGUACAAUAGGAGUGCAAAGAGAUGCAAAGAGAAAUGGGAGAACAUUAACAAGUAUUUCAAGAAAGUCAAGGAAUGUAACAAGCAAAGGCGUGAGGAUAGUAAGACAUGUCCUUAUUUUCAUGAGCUUGAAGCUUUAUAUAAAGAAAAGAGCAAAAACCAGAACCCUUUUGGUGCUUCAUUCCAUAAUAUGAAGCCAAAUGAGAUGAUGGAGCCAUUGAUGGUGCAACCGGAGCAACAAUGGAGACCUCCUCCUCAAUAUGAACAAUCGGAAGAUGGUUUGAUGAAGGAGAAUAAUAAUGGAGGUGAGUAUGAAACAAAAGAAAGAGAGGAGCAAGACACAGAAGAAGAAGAAGAUGAUGAUGAUGAUGAAGAGGGAGAUGAUAACAUGGAAGAAGAUGAAGGAGGUAACCGUUAUGAGAUGGCGACAAACAAACUUUCUUCAGUGGACACGGUUGAAUGAGACAAGAUAAGGAGGUUUCUGAUUGGAUGAAGAGUAUUUUCAAUUUUCAAUUUUAAUUUUAAUUUUUUUUUUUUCAGUUGGGAUUAAGAGAUGUAACUGAACUUUGUCAUAGCAGAUAGUCAUUCAUUCAAAGGCAUGCCACAAACACCCUGCACUAUAAAAUUCAAUUCUUUUUUUUUUCUUUCCUUUUUAUAAUUAUUAAGACUCAUCUGGGACUGCACAAGGUACCUAUCUGACACACUUUCUGAUCAUGGGCCAGCUAUCAUUGCAGUUGUGGGGUGGGUCAGAUUCCGGCCGCCAUGAACUGGAAUCUCAGAUUAAACACAAAACAACACUUCACAUGGGCCAGCAAAGCAACUAUAGUGGGAGUACAUCUUUUAGCCUCAUAAAUUUAUGUGUAAAGUGUAAAUUGAAUAUGACAGAGAGAUAGAGAGAGAGAGAGGAAAUAGAUCCCAUAGGAUAAAUAACAUAAAAUAAAAAAAGUCACAUGCAAGUCUUGUAAUUUUUUUUUUAAUGGUGUUUGAUCUAUAUAUCACACAAACCACUCU